CAAACACCUUCCCUUCAUUUUCUCCCAAUUUCAAUCCCUUGAAUUUCAAUUUCUUUGAAUUCAGUUGUCGGGUUUGGAGGAAGUGAUAUGCAUCUGUAUAAUGCAUGGUUGCCGCCGCCGGUGGCGGAGGAGACGAAGAAGGAAGGGGAGGCCUUCUCCCGCGUCGUGAGCUCCAUGCGGAGCUCGUACAAACCCGAAGAUCCUGAUUCCGUCUACGCCACUCUCAAAUGGAUUUCCGUCCUCGACGUUUUCCUGAAGGCGAAGAGCGACGUGGCCUUGGAAGCUGUCACCGCCGUCGUGGAAAUUGGGCUGGAGCUAUUUUGUGUCUCGCAGGACAAGCCUUAUGUUCAGGUAAGAUGGGGAGAUAUUUUGGUGAGAGUGCUUAAUAAGUAUAGGAAGAAAAUGUCGCUGAAAGUACAAUGGCGCCCUUUGUACUGGUUCACACUCAUUUCUCAAGGAGUACUGGUCCAGAAGGGUGGAGGGUGAGGCAGCGACACUUCAAGGCCAUCACUUCGCUUGUUAGAUCAUGCAGGAGGUUCUUUCCUGCUGGUUCAGCCUCUGAGAUUUGGUCUGAAUUUAGUUCUCUAAUGGAAAAUCCGUGGCAUAAUUCAUCCUUCGAAGGAUCUGGUUUGUACGACUGUUCCUUCCAACAAAUUUGGAAAAUCAGGAUUUUUAUACCAAUGAUUGGGUGAGAAAGACUAUGGAGCUGUGGGAAUCUAUACCAAAUUGCCAGUUCUGGAACAGCCAGUGGUCAGCCGUUAUAGCUCGGGUCAUAAAAAACUAUGACUUUGUUGAUUGGGAAUGCUUCUUACCUGUACUAUUCACUCGAUAUUUAAACAUGUUUGAGGUUCCAGUGGCAAAUGGAAGUGGAUCAUACCCCUUCCUUGUUGAUGUCCCUAGAAAUACAAGUUCUUAUUUUCAAAUAGAACACUGACCCCAACAAAAGCUAUUGUUAAAUCAAUUGUCUAUCUACUAAAGCCUGGUAGUUCAACAGGAAAGCACUUAGAGAAAUUGGUCGACCUCUUAGAACAGAUUGUUAACUGCACUGUCAAGUCACCAAUGCCAUCUCUAACCUGUGGAUUUGUUGGUUCUUAGUUCAUUGUUGUCUCUUUGUAGGUAUUACCACCCAUCUAAUGGUGGCCAGUGGACUUAUUCAUUGGAGUGGUUCUAUAUUCUCUAAUAUUUCUACUUUGGAUUAUAGCAUGGAUGACUCAUCCUUCGUGCCAAUGAUUCAGAUGUCUGAGUGGUUAGAUGAGUUCUUGUGUAGGCUGUUCUCCUUACUUCAGCAUUUGGAACCUAGCAGUGUCAUUGUCAGAGAACAAUUAAUUACAUGUCUGCGGGAGUGAAGGUUCACAUUCGGCAGCAACAUCAGGGACAUUUUUAGUUGAGGAUGGUCCUUAUUACUAUUGUAUGCUUGAAAUCUUGCUUGGAAGGCUUUCAAAAUCGCUGUACAAUCAAGCAUUGAAGAAAAUUGCAAAGUUUGUAAGGACAAAUAUUCUUCCUGCUGCAAUUGCUGAGGUUGGCUUGCUUUGCUGUGCAUGUGUUCAUACGAACCCUGAGGAGGCCGUUUCUGCUCUUGUUGAACCUAUGUUGUCUGCUGUUAUAUCUUCCUUGAAAGGGACGCCAGCAACUGGAUUUGGUGGAAGAGGAGUCCUUGAGACCUCAGUUUUGUCGAAGGCAAAGCCAACAUUGUCUCCAGCUCUUGAAACAUCAAUUGAUUGUCAAUUGAAAAUACUGUCAGUGGCAAUCAAUUAUGGAGGCCCUGUCCUUCUUCGUUACAGUAAUCAAUUCCUAGAAGCUGUAGCAUCUGCUUUCGAAUCUCCCUCUUGGAAGGUUAAUGGAGCUGGUGAUCAUCUUCUUAGGUCCCUCAUAGGAAGCCUAGUCCUUUACUACCCUGUUGAUCAGUACAGGUGCAUUUUAAGUCACCCUGCUGCUAGGGCAUUGGAAGAGUGGAUUGGCACAAAAGAUUAUGGCGAUGAGGAUUCAUCCAUCGCGCCCAAAUGGCAUGUUCCAAACGACACAGAAGUUCAAUUUGCAAAUGAGCUUCUGAACCUACAUUUGAAGUCAGCUUUAGAUGAUCUGAUGAGGAUUUGCCGAGAUCGAAUCCAUUCUGAUCCAGGCAAUGAGAAAUUGCACCUGAAAGUGACUCUUUUGCGGAUCGACUCUUCACUGCAAGGUGUUUUGUCUUGCUUACCUGAUUUCAGCCCAGCCUCCAGAAAUGGGAUUGUCAACGAUCCGUCUUACAUUCCUUUCCUGAUAGCUGGAGCAACAGGCACAACUGUUGGCAGCUCUGAACUGCGUGAAAAUGCUGCUGAAAUUGUACAUUAUGCUUGCAAAUAUCUUUUAGAGGAAAAAUCAGAUGAUAGCAUCUUAUUGGUACUCAUUGUGCGGAUAAUCGAUGCUUUGAUAAACUACGGAAGUCUGGAGUUUGAUGAAUGGUCAAAUCACCGGCAGGCUUGGAAGUUGGAAUCUUCUGCUAUUAUAGAACCUCCCAUAAAUUUUAUAGUUUCAUCUCAUUCAAAAGGGAAAAAACGGCCUCGAUGGGCUCUUAUUGACAAGGCUUACAUGCAUAAUACAUGGAGAACAUCGCAAUCGACCUACCAUCUUUUCCGUACAAGUGGAAGUUUCUCUCCAUCUGAGCAUGCAAUUGUUUUGAUGAAUGAUCUACUCAACCUAUGUCUGCACAGCUAUGAAACAGUUCGAGGACUUGCUGGCAAAUCUCUGCUCAAGAUGAUUAAGAGAUGGCCAUCUCUGAUCUCCAAAUGUGUGCUUUCACUUACUGAAAAUUUGAGGAACCCAGCUGCUCCAGAAUAUGCAGUCUUAGGCUCUUGUGCUGUGCUUUCAACUCAGACUGUUCUCAAGCAUUUGACAACGGAUCCCAAAACAUUCUCUUCAUUUCUUCUCAGUAUCUUGUCUAGCUCUCAUCAUGAGUCCCUGAAAACCCAGAAGGCAAUCAAUGAGCUUUUUGUCAAGUACAACAUCUACUUCUCGGGACUAUCAAGAAGCAUCUUCAGACGAUCAGGCAGUCAAGUGGGUGGUUCAGAUUUUUCAGAUUUGGUUUCUCAGAUUGGAUCGAUGAGUUUUGAAUCUUCUGGCUUGCACUGGAGGUAUAAUUUGAUGGCAAAUAGAAUUCUUUUGCUGUUGGCUAUGGCCUCCAGAAAUGACCCAACCGUCUCCUCGAAAAUCUUGAGUGAAACUACUGGUCACUUCCUGAAAAGUUUAAAGAGUCAACUUCCACAGACAAGGAUGCUUUCAAUCUCAGCACUGAACACACUCUUAAAAGAAUCACCAUAUAAGGUUUCAGCUGAGGAUCAAGGUGCUCUACUGGAGGACUUACGCACCAAUGUUAAAUCUUCCCUUGAAGGAGCAUUAAGUGAAAUUUUUCAGGAGGAGGGAUUUUUUAAUGAGACGUUGAAUAGUCUAUCUCAUGUGCAUAUUAUCACUGAUAGUGAUGGUUCUUCCAGAGGAAAUCAUGGGAAUUCUUCUUUUCAAAGUCUGGCAGAUAAAUCAAUCACCCGAUUCUAUUUUGAUUUCUCAUCCUCUUGGCCUCGCACACCUAGCUGGAUCUCUCUACUUGGGGUUGAUAAUUUUUACUCGAGCUUUGCAAGAAUUUUCAAGCGGUUGGUGCAAGAAUGUGGCAUGCCCAUUUUGUUGGCUUUAAAAACCCCAUUAGAAGAUUUUGCAAAUGCUACGGAAAGGUCUAAGCAGUGUGUUGCAGCAGAAGCAUUUGCAGGUGUGUUGCACUCUGAUGUUGAUGGUGUUUUAGGAGCAUGGGACAGCUGGAUGAUGGGCCAGUUACAGAGUAUUGUUCUUGGUCAGUCGGUGGAGUCUAUACCAGAGUGGUCAGCCUGCAUACGGUAUGCUGUUACUGGGAAAGGAAAGUAUGGUACAAAUGUUCCCCUUCUGAGACAGCAAAUUUUGGAUUGUUUGAUAACACCCCUUUCAACGGCUGCAACAACUACUGUAGUUGCAAAGCGCUACACUUUUCUUUCUGCUGCACUUAUCGAGAUAUGCCCUCAAAAGAUGCCUGUCACCGAACUGGAGAUUCACAAUAAACUUUUGAAUGAAUUGUUAGCGAAUAUGUGUCAUUCAUCAGCGCAAGUAAGGGAAGCUAUAGGAAUCAACCUCUCUAUAUUGUGCUCAAAUAUCCGGCUGCGUUUGUCGUUCUCCAAUGAAGGGGCUGACCAUGGCAAUGACAACCCAAAUAAAACAGAGACUUGGGUUGCAUUUCUUACGGAACGAGCUUCUGAGAUGGUCACGAGUAUUCAGAAUACUAGUCAGUCAGACAACAUGGAGACAGCUGCUCAUUCUAGUGUUGAAUAUGGCACCACAUUAAAUGGAGAUAUACGAGAUGAUGUUAAGUGGAUGGAAACGCUCUUUCAUUUUAUCGUCUCAACUUUGAAGUCUGGAAGAUCAUCUUGUUUGGUUGAUGUCAUUGUCAGAUUUAUCUAUCCUGUAAUUGCCUUACAGGAAACAUCAAAUAAAGAUUUAUCAACUCUGGCCAAGGCUGCUUUCGAGUUGCUUAAGUGGAGGAUCUUUUGGGAACCUCAUCUUCAGAGGGUUGUUGAAGUCAUUCUUUCUUCUUCUACUGAUUCCAACUGGCGGACCAGAUCAGCUACUCUGACAUAUCUACGUACUUUUAUGUAUAGGCACACCUACAUACUCCCUAAAGCAGAGAAACAAAAAAUUUGGAGAACUGUGGAGAAUCUGCUUAGAGACAAUCAAGUCGAGAUGGACUGGCCUUUUAACUCAAUCUUUGCUUUAACCAAAAAAAUGCACUUUUUCCAGGUAAGGGAGCAUGCUGCAGCAGUUCUUGCAGGUCUAAUGAAAGGUGGGGAUGAGGACCUUGCUUGUGACUUCCGUGAGAGAGCUUUAGUGGAGGCAAGUACCAUGCAACGGAAGAGGAAGCAGCAGAAUCUAAGAAGUGGCCAACCGUUAUCAUCCAUCCAUGGUGCUGUACUUGCGCUGACGGCUUCUGUAUUAUCGGUGCCAUAUGAUAUGCCCAGUUGGUUGCCAGAGCAUGUCACUCUCCUGGCACGUUUCGCAGCAGAGCCUUCCCCCAUAAAAUCCACAGUAACGAAAGCAGUUGCUGAGUUCCGGAGGACUCACGCCGAUACUUGGAACUUUCAGAAGGAUUCCUUCACCGAAGAGCAGCUCGAGGUUCUUGCUGAUACGUCAUCUUCAUCAUCGUAUUUUGCCUGAACACAAUUGCCGAUUGAACUGCAUCUCGAGACAUCCACAAAUCUUAAUUAGAUAAGAAUGAUAGGGGGGAUAGGCAGAAAAUAAUGUUGUUGUAGAUGUAAUGUAUCAUAUCAUAAUUUAUCGGAUUUGACACUGCAUUUACAUUUGUUGUAUACUUAUUCAGGUUGUAAUAGCGAUAAUGUUCGAGUUUAUUCGUUUCUAUCUAUUUAGUUUGAACAA